GCGGGGUGCCCAGGGUACGGGUAUCACUCCCCACAUCGUGGUCGGUCUCCGCGAGCCUGCGGGGGGCGCCUCCCAGUCCCCAGCCGGGACAUCCUGAACGGCGGCAGCCACAACAACAGGCUCGCCCGCAGACAAAGGGACCGGCGCGGCGGUGCAGACUCGCGCAGCCGGGCGGCGGGGCCGGGGAGCGCGCGCUCCGAGCGCGGGGCCGGGGCCGCCGAGCGCGCAGCGCAGACCCCGCGCGGGCCGCAGCCGCGGCGCCCGGAAGACCCGGCUCCGGGGCGCAGACCCCGCCCGGGCUGGCUCGGCGCCGGCCUCCGCUUCCACUCAGUCUUUGACCCUCCGUCCCCACCCGGCUCCCCCCCCCGCAGGCCGCACAACUGUAACCGCUGUCCCGGCCGCCGCCGCUCCUUCGCGGGCCGGCGGCCGGAGAGCGCAGAGCGGCGGGGCCGGCGGCAUGGCUGUGUCCUGGAGGAGCUGGCUGGCCAACGAAGGGGUUAAACACCUCUGCCUGUUUGUCUGGCUCUCCCUGAAUGUUUUGCUUUUCUGGAAAACCUUCCUGCUGUAUAACCAAGGGCCAGAGUAUCACUACCUCCACCAGAUGUUAGGGCUAGGAUUGUGUCUAAGCAGAGCCUCCGCAUCUGUUCUUAACCUCAACUGCAGCCUUAUCCUUCUACCCAUGUGCCGGACACUCCUGGCCUACCUUCGAGGAUCCCAGAAGGUUCCAAGCAGGAGAACCAGAAGACUGUUGGAUAAAAGCAGAACAUUCCAUAUAACCUGUGGUGUUACUAUCUGCAUUUUUUCAGGUGUGCACGUGGCUGCCCAUCUGGUGAACGCCCUCAAUUUCUCAGUGAACUACAGUGAAGAUUUCGUGGAACUGAAUGCUGCAAGAUACCCAGAUGAGUCAAUUUUUUUCCCUUUUUCUCAGGAUCCUAGAAAACUUCUCUUCACAACUGUUCCUGGCCUGACAGGGGUCUGCAUGGUGCUGGUGCUCUUCCUGAUGAUUACAGCUUCUACAUACGCAAUACGAGUUUCUAAUUAUGACAUCUUCUGGUAUACUCAUAAUCUCUUCUUUGUCUUCUACAUGCUGCUGAUGUUGCAUGUUUCAGGAGGGCUGCUGAAGUAUCAAACUAAUUUAGAUACCCACCCUCCUGGCUGCAUCAAUCUUAAUGGAACCCACUACCAGAAUAUUCAUUUACAAGAUUAUCUCUCAGAACAUUUUCGUGAAUCUUUUCCUGAAGGAUUUGCAAAGCCAGAUGAACUUACCCAAAAGAGAUUUGUGAAGAUUUGUAUGGAAGAGCCCAGGUUCCAAGCUAAUUUUCCACAGACUUGGCUUUGGAUUUCUGGACCUUUGUGCCUGUAUUGUGCUGAAAGACUUUACAGGUGUAUCCGGAGCAAUAAGCCAGUCACCAUCAUCUCGGUCAUACGUCAUCCCUCAGAUGUCAUGGAAAUCCGAAUGGUCAAAGAAAAUUUUAAAGCGAGACCUGGCCAGUAUAUUAUUCUACAUUGUCCCAGUGUGUCUGCGUUAGAAAACCAUCCAUUUACCCUCACAAUGUGUCCUACUAAAACCAAAGCAACAUUUGGUGUCCACCUCAAAAUAGUAGGAGACUGGACAGAACGAUUUCGAGACUUACUACUUCCUCCAUCUAGUCAAGACUCUGAGAUUCUACCCUUCAUUCAAUCUAGAAAUUAUCCCAAGCUGUACAUUGAUGGUCCAUUUGGAAGUCCAUUUGAGGAAUCCUUGAACUACGAGGUUAGCCUCUGUGUGGCCGGAGGCAUUGGAGUAACUCCAUUUGCAUCAAUACUCAACACCCUGCUGGAUGACUGGGAACCGUACAAGCUCAGAAGACUAUAUUUUAUUUGGGUGUGCAGAGACAUCCAGUCCUUCCGUUGGUUUGCAGACUUACUCUGUGUGUUACAUAACAAGUUUUGGCAAGAGAACAGACCUGACUAUGUCAACAUCCAGCUGUACCUCAGUCAAACAGAUGGGAUACAGAAGAUAAUUGGAGAAAAAUACCAAGCACUGAAUUCAAGACUUUUUAUUGGACGUCCUCGGUGGAAACUUCUGUUUGAUGAAAUAGCAAAAUGUAACAGAGGGAAAACAGUUGGUGUUUUCUGCUGUGGACCCAGUUCAAUUUCUAAGACCCUUCAUAAACUGAGUAACCGAAACAAUUCAUAUGGGACAAGAUUUGAAUACAAUAAAGAAUCUUUCAGCUGAAAACCUUUGAGAUGAACCAGGACUCUGAACAAGGAAUGAGUGCAAUUUCUAAGACUGAAACACAGCUGAAUCAACCAGCUGUGUCAUACCAAAGAGUAGCAAGGUUUUCUUAUUUAUGAUUAUUUAAAAUGGAAAUACAGAGAAUGUGGCAAGAUGACAGGUCACAUUACAUGUUUAAUCUGGAAACCAAAGAGGCCCUGAAGAAUAGUUGAUGUGAUGAUUCACUUUUCAAUGCUCAGAUUAAAAGAAAACUAUUAGAUGCACACUGUUGAUUUUUAUGGCAGAUUCAAGAACUCCCUAGUGAGGAGCUGUGCUUGCUCACUGUGACGCUGAUAGCCUUGGUCCUCUCUAAAUUGUUUUUGGUUGAACAAAUGCAACAUUGAACAAAAUUAAAAAUUCAUUGAAACUCAGAUUACAUUUUCUACGUGAGUAUAAACAAGAGUAGCUUUGAUUUUGAAAAGCUUCAGGCAAAUAUAUUAGAUGCUUGAAGAUAUAGCACAGGACUCUAUUAAUACGGGUACUUUGUAUCUAAUCUUCCUCACUACUGAUGCUAAUACCUCUGUUUGAUGUCUGUAGACUUUAUGCUAAAUGAACUUUUAUAAAUGUUGAUAUAGUAUCUAUUUUUACAUUUUUCUUUCUUCUUUUUUCCUGUCUAUAAGGAAAUCUUCCCUCCUUUGCAUGCAUUAGAGACAGUGAUUUAAUAGGCCCUUUCCAUCCACAAUUUACUUAAUCUAUUACUGUUGCAUAGUAAUGAGGAAAAUAUCAUUACUCUAAAUUAUAAAGAAAUAUAUAGACUUUCCUUUUUCAGCAUUUUGGCCUCUAUUAUUUUUAUUUACUCCCUACCCCCCCCCCCCCCAGAAUGGAUUGUCUUAUUUUUAGCCUGUUAAGGUACUUUAAUUUGCACUUUGAGACCAAAGAGCAUUGUGUCUCUCAGUGGUCACCAAGAUAGAAGACAUCUCUCUUUUGCCACACAUUGGUUUAUACUGAAGACAAUGAAAGUACAGUGCCAUUCCUGAACAAAAGAACAUGUACUUUACUUUCUACACAAGAAGAAAUACUUCAUUAGUAUUUAGGUUCAGAAUCAAGAAUAUUAUUUGUUGCACCAUCUGGUAUUCUGAGUCUUGAUAGAAUCUAAUUAUUGAAUUUCAAGUCACUGUUGGGACUACACUGCAUGAUGCUAUCAAUUUAGGCUUGCUGGCCAUUUCAUUCUUGGCUCAGAGGAAAAGUCGUCUUCCCUACUUUAAGAAUUAAGGCAUUUUUGCAGUUUAGUGAUUUUGUUGUGUAGACAUCUAUCAAUUGCUAUUGAAUAUAGCUGAAAUAAGCAGAAUGACUUGUCUGUUAAAAUAUUGCAUGGUAUAAUAGAACAUGAUAAAUGCUACUGUUACUUUUUGCUCUGAUUCACUGAUAGCAAUCAAGCAUGUUAAAACAUCUAGCAUUGAAUGCCCAUAAACAUAUUACUUAUAGAUAUUUCUUCCUUCCCUUGGAAUUUUUUCUUCUUCCUUCUGUGGAAGGAUAAUCAGAAAAGGAUAUGGGAAAUGUGCAAUAUUCCUGCAGAUUUAGCUCUGAAGGCAUAUUUGAUAACCAAUACAUCUUGGCAACACCUGGUAAACUAAAAAGAAUUUUCAUAAACACACAUAGCAGAAGUAGGAAAAAGAACUGUGAGUUAGUACAGGCUUGAUGUGCAAUGCUGACUCUUUACUGAUCAUAGUUUAUUUAUGUGAUUGUAUUAAUACACCUAAUUUCAGUAAAACAGGUGGAAGAUUUUUCAAAAAAAGAAACAUCUUUCUUGGUAGGUCUACUAUUCUAGAUGAACAUCCUGUCUCUUAAAUUCUAGCUGAUGUUCAAACAUGAAGUGUUAAACACAGCUAAUCUUUGCUUCUGUAGGUAGUAAUAAAUUAGGUUUUCAUCACACAUGUAGAAGAGAGUUUUGUUUUUUGAGGGAUUUUUUGCUCUGGGGCUACUUCUUGUCAUACAGAUCUUUGUCAUAUGGUCAUUUUGGUGGCAAUAAAUGUUAAAAUUGAAAUGGAA